AUGAACUGUCAUCAAGUACUUAGUGGUGCCUGUAAUUCAGGAGAUCAAUGUUUUGCUGUUGGUUCAGUCGAAGGAAUACCUUUUACUGCUUAUGCUGCUGGAUGUAAUAUAGUGAUUCUUGCUUCCAAUUUUGAGCGUGUUCAAAUAAUCCCUGGAGCUAUCCAUGGCUAUGUGCGUAUCAGUUCAUUGGAUUGUAGUACUGAUACUGGAAAGAUUGCAGCUGCAUAUGGAGCUGAAGUGUGUAUUUUUGAACCAACCCCUUUAAUACAUACUGCUGCUACAACACAUGGUUUAGAGUACCGUUGGGUGCAAACAGGGAAAUUGGUAGCAGAGGGUCCUAUAACAGCGCUAUCAUGGAACCUCGAGGGCACGCGACUCCUCACUGGCGGGAAGCUUUUACAACUAUGGCAUCAGGCAUCGCUUUAUCAAGACGACAGUCAACCAAGUUCAGGCGUUACAUUCCAAAUAGGCGGAGAUAAAGAUGAAAAAUCUAAACCACCGGAGGAGGAAGAGCCUGGUUGGAUCUGCGUAUGGCAAUGUCACACGGCCACCCCCGCACACCACCUCGCGUUCUCACCGGACGGCGUGCUGUUUGCUACAUCUGGUGUAAAUGAUAGGCUCGUCAAAAUAUGGUACCAGAAUAAAGUGUUAAUUCAAGCGCACGGUGAACACUCUCCGCAAGACUUAAAUUACACGUUCAUAUAUGUGGCGCAUCCUCGCGCUGUCACGCAUUUAUCAUGGAGGAAAACUAGUAAAUAUAUGCCUAAAGGCAGCGUUGGCAACGUGCUAGUGACGUCAUGCGUGGACAACAUCUGCCGCGUGUGGGCGGAGACGCUGCUGCCGGACGACGAGUGGGGCGGCAGCGUGGCGCACGCGCGCUCGCCGCCGCGCCGCCAGCGCGCCACGCACCGGCACAAGCACCGCUUUAUGCAGCGCUUGAAGCAUAUGAAAACAUGUUUCCACAUCCGGCGGACGGCGCAGUCGUCGAAGCAGCCCGGCGCGCCCAUCCCCACCCUCCCCUCCACGUACAGUGCGCACGACUUCCACAACCCCUACCACUCCACUUCCUACACUGGGGGCCUCCACUUCCACCUCGCAGCGUCAAUCAACGCAGAGACGGACAUCCCGUUGGUGCCGUCGCUGGCGGGCGGCGGCCGCUUCAUACUGCACUGGCUGCACAACAAGGAGAUGUACUUCACGAGCCAGGCUGAGGCUAUAUUGCACGAUCUUACUAAGAAAAUUCUAGAUAAAGAAGAAACAGAUGAGGGAGGUUCUGGUUCAGAGCACACCACACAUCCGGACGGAGAGAAUGAGACAAGAAAUAGACGUCCGAGCCAUCAUUUAACUAAAAUUCAGUCUGAAGAUAACAGCAAUAGCGAUGACCAACCAGGUAGCGGCAACCACAGUCACCCGAGCCUGUCCAACACGACGUCCAUCAACUCGAUCGCGACGGACGUGACGUGCACGCACCUGCCGGACUCGCUCGACGCCAAGAUAGAGGCGCUUUUGCGCGACUGGCAUCAGAGUCCAGAUCUGCUGUUCUCUAUACAUCCUGUGGAUGGUAGCUUUCUUAUAUGGGUCUGCGAGUGGCUGGACGAGCUGCAGGCGGGCGCCAUCAGGCAGGCGCAGGUGUCGUUCUCAGCGCGCAUCCCGGCCGCCUUCCCGCUGGGCGACGCCACCACCAUGUGCACGCCGGCCGCGCUCUACCACGCCGCCGCGCAGCCGCUGUACGUGCGCCACCGCACCAAGCCCGUCACGCCCGGACAACAGCAGCAAGGGGAGACAGUAACGACCCCUUUAGAAAGUGUACAAGAAGAGAAAGAAGAUACAGAAUGGCCACAGACAGACGAACAAAAAGCACAACAAGAGAAUGGAGCUCGAGAAGAAAAUAAUAAUGAUAUGAAACGAAAGACAAGUGUCGCGACAGAGGAUAUGGGAGAAAAUCAAGAUGGAGAUGUUUUAGAAUCUGCCCCUGUUAUAUCGAUGGUUACAAAUCACACCAAUGGCACAUUAAACUUGUGGCAGUUAACGUUUGACGAUAAGUCUAAGUUUUCGCAGGUUCUGUCUAUCGGGCACGCAUCCAGAGCAUCAGGCCAUAGAUUUAGAGUCAAUGACAUCACAUGCCAUCCAGUAUUACCUCUAUUGCUCACAACCAGUCACCAUAAUAUUUCAGACAGCGAGCGCGCGGCGGGCGAGGCGCUGGCGGCGGGCGGGCUGUGCUCGGAGCUGAUCAUGUGGCGCGUGGAGUGCGUGGGGCCGCUGGGCAAGUCGGGCGGCGUGUCGGAGCUGGCGCGCGUCAACUCGCCGCACCUCUCCGCCUUCAGCAACGUCGCCUGGCUGCCCACGCUGCUGCCUAGCACUACUCUAGGAAAUUUAUCCAAUUCUCCUUCGGCUUGCUUCGUAGCGAGUGACGGUGAAAGUUUACGACUGUACCAAGCAGUAAUCGAUGCCCGAACGUUAUUAGCAGAAAUCGCUACUUCGGAACGGCGCCAUAAGGAUGUGAUGCACGACACAAUGUCAAUGUCCUCGGACUCGACAGUAGAAGAGAGCGCCGUGCCGCUGUACGACCGCAUCAAGAUCGUGUCGCAGCAGUCCACGGCGCGGCCCGGCGCCGUCAUACAGCUGCACGCCAUCGCCGACGCCACGCACGACUGGCACAACACGCAGCUGCUGCACGUCUUCCAGGAACAACUUAUUACCGGUGAAAGAACGUCAAGUGAUACGGAAAGUUCUGACUCGGGUGUGGAUGGUUCAGACGUGAAUACCAUAACUGAGGCCGGCUUAGAAGCAAUAGUUGAUUUACGGAAAGCGGCUGUCUUCAAUGAACCAUUUUAUAUCGUUGUUUUGGAGAGAACAGAUGGUGGUUCUACUGUUCAUAUGUGGAGGCUCACAGUAUCUUCUCAAGCAGAUCCCUCGGAUGAUCUAACAAACAGUAUGAUGUAUGUGCCAGACAGUGCCUUAGUGCAAGAAGAAGAAGGUGAAUCUCGAAAGAAUUCCGUCUCGAUGGACGCGGACCGGCCCGCCGCCCCGACUGCACACUCACAUUUAUCCAUUUCAACUAAAAAGGUGUGUGAAUGCCCCCUAUCUUUACCGGACGGCGUCGACGUCAUACACGCGACUCCUGCCGCGGGCCAUCUCAGUUCCGCAUCCAUAUACCCGGCCUGUUUAGCGCCUUACAUAUUAGCCACAGCUUGUUCCGAUAGUACUUUAAGGUUUUGGAAGUGCAAUGUAACUAAAAAAGACAAUGAUGAAUUCGAGUAUGCGUGGAAAGAAUGGGAAAUGAUGAAUAAAGAUCAAGAAUCUACUAUAGACAUUCCAGGUCAACCGCUGCACAUAAGCGCGGCGUACUCGGGGCGCAUCGCGUGCGCGUACAAGUGCGGGCGGUCGUUCACGCGGCCCAAGGCCACGGCGGGCGACGCGCGCUUCGUCAACCUGUGCGUGUGCGUGUACGAGUGCGAGAGCACGGGCGGCGCCGAGUGGCUGCUGGAGGACACCAUCCCGCUGCGCAACGUCAGCCUGCCGCGCGUCGGCCUCGGCGCCGACACGCAGAUAGACCUCUCCUAUCUGCACGACACGUCCUUCAUGCAGAAGAAGCAGCGGCUCACUCAGGUCCUACAAACGCUUUCAUCGGACGAGAGCCGUAACAACAGAAACGGUGAAGGCGACACGGGCAAGUCAGCGGGUCUUCUAGCAGUGCCGUCGUUCAGUACUCUCCAGUCGUUGCGCAGAAGCAUUAUGGAGAACGGCAACACGUGUCCGUUAACGCAAAAACAUUUAGUGCAAUUAGAUUGGGUGUCUAAGGAAGAUGGAUCUCAUAUACUUACGGUUGCUGUUGGGUCGAGAGUGCUGCUUUUCACACCCGUGUCUAGUGAUCUGGCCCAGGCUAACUUAAAGGCAAUGAAAGAAUCAAUAAACAACAAUCGUCCAAUACUCCGAAAGGCUUCGUCACUUGCUGCGCCGUUAUUUGUAGAGGAAAUACGAUGGAUGCAACUUCGAAGGAUUCAGUUGAAGACAGCAGACGGCUUGCCGCCGUUGCCCAUGCAAAUAUCGUGGGUUAGAGACGGCAUAUUGGUUGUAGGGAUGGAUUCCGAAAUGCACGUCUAUUCGCAAUGGAAACCUGAGACUCCACAGAUAACAUCUGGAUACGCCGCUAUUCAGGAACAAGAAGAAUGCAGUGAAUCGCGAGCACUUCGUGACUCAGAUUUGCGAGUGUCUGCGCCGCAUCUACAGCGCGUAUCCUCCAUCAAUCUGCAAUUGUUAGAACGUGACGCUAGAAGAAGAAACAAAACGCAACCAGACCAACCACAACCUCUUUUAGACUACAUGCCUGAUUACGGUUUAUUUGAAGCGUCACAGAUGGCCUGUCCAGUGUUGCCGCAGUACCAUCCUAAACAGCUAAUGGAACUUCUCAAUAGCGGCAAAAUUAGAUGGGUCAAAGCUAUUUUAGCCCAUUUAGUCAGGUGUAUAGGUGGAAGUUACACGAGCCGCAGCUCACAAGGUGAUGAAGAUAGUUUAUCCAGACAGCGCGGGUGGUCGCGCUCGCGCACGCUGUCCGUAUCGUUCGCCGCCGGCGCCGCAUCGCCACUAGACGGCGUAGCACAGAUAUCGGAGGAUGUCCAAUUGGACUAUGCAGAGCUAACGUCGGUCCCGCCAUUACCUCUUUGGACAUUAUUGGUAGCGGAUAAGGAAUCUGCACAUCAUCCGUCCACUUUACAAGAAGCAAAGGACUACAAUGAUCUGUUUGAAGGAACAAUGGAAGUAGAAGACGACCUUGAUGCUCUUUUAUUAGGUGAAGAAGAAGGUAUUGAUCGCCGGCCGUCUAUGCCCGAGAGGCAACCUCUGUCACACUUUGGACCUAGGCAAGGUCGUAUCCUGUCCAGGAUGCUAACACACACGCACCUGCCCGGCCUCAGCUCGCUGGACCAGAUGCACCUGCUGGCGCUCGCCGACACCGUGUCCACUUGCGACGCAGACUUCGCGGAGAGGAUCGCUAACAACGCGAGGGUGGACGUCGCGCAGGGCACCGGACAGGAAGUUAUGCCGGAUUCGCUAGACGAUUGCGGUUUAAGAUUCCUGCUAGCGAUGAAGCACUACGGAUACCUACUUCGAUGCCUGCCGCUCGCUCAACGAGCCACGUUGCAAAGGAUUGGCGUAGGGACUUGUAACCUUGUAUGGGCGUUCCAUUCGGAGUCUCAUGAACAAUUGCUAGCCCUUAUACCCGGGUACGCGAAGGGACAGCCCAAGUGGACGACGAUGAGGGAAUUAGGUGUUGGAUGGUGGGUCCGCGGCGAUCUUCUACGCAUAUGCAUUGAGCGUCUCGCGCGUGCCUCCUACAUGGCGAAGCAAGACCCCAUGGACGCGGCCUUGUUCUAUCUCGCUAUGAGGAAGAAGACCUUAUUGUGGGGGUUGUUCAGAUCUAACCGAGACGAUAAAAUGACUUCGUUCUUUGCAAAUGACUUUAGUGAAGACAGAUGGCGCAAAGCAGCAUUGAAAAAUGCUUUCGUUCUCCUUGGGAAACAAAGAUUUGAGCACGCAGCUGCUUUCUUUUUACUCGGUGGAGCCUUGAAAGACGCACUGGAGGUUCUUAUAACGCGAUUGGGAGACUUGCAAUUAGCAAUGGUUGUGGCUCGUUUGUAUGAAACAGAUAGUGCCUUACCGAGUAGUCUGAAGAAAUUACUCAUGGAUGAAAUACUUGGUGGUGAAACAGAAAAUGGAGAAAUGGAUUUAGAACAUGCACACCCAGACCCAUUUGUCCGAUCCAUGGCUUUAUGGGAACUAAAGCAAUAUGGCGACGCCUUAGAUACGUUACUGAGUCCCGCAGGAAGGUUGCACGCUGCGCGGGAUAACAACGAGCCUGUUCCUAGUGUGUUUAACUUUUAUGUGUAUCUGAGGACACAUCCGAGACUGAAGCGAAAUAAUAUGCCUAGUCAGGGCGGCACUCUAGCUCUACUCCAACAAGAAGCAGACGAGGGCAUAACCCGACUAGAGCGGCGGCUGUACUUCCAAACAGCCCACGGGCACUUCAAGGCGGGCUGCCCGGCCUUGGCGCUGGAGGUGCUGUCCAAGCUGCCGGCGCGCGUGCGCGACGAGCGCCCGCGCGCGCCCGCGCCCGCGCCCGCGCGCGACGACGCCGUCAUACACACGGGGCAGCUCACUGACAAUAUUGUCAAACAAGAAGAAGAGACUGUGAACGUGGAUUGGGGAGCAACUCCGGAAGUAGACUGGGGUGCGCCGGUCACUACCACUAAAACAGACGAGCUUGUUCUCAGCUGGGACGACGAAGAAGAAAAGUCAGAGGGAUCAGGAGCAUCCACGCCGCCAUUAGAAAUGAAAAUGGGUAAGCCCGAAGAAACAGUUAAUGAAACUGUAGAAAGCGAGAAAGAAGAGGCUCCUACAGUAGACAUAAUGGCGCAACAAUUGAAGUUCGUAGCGUGUCUCAAGAUAUUGAUGGAGGAGCUCAGUACGCUGGCUACCGGUUUUGAAGUCGAUGGUGGCCAUCUUCGUUAUCAACUGUACAUCUGGCUGGAACGUGAAGUCGAAGCAUUACGUCGUUUGUGUGGCUACGUGUCCGCGGCCGGCUCUGCUUCUGGAGGGGAACUCAUCUGUGCCGACGGGGAACCAACUCCUUUACCUGAUAAACCUACAUUACACCAACUAUUGAUACGAGAAAAAGCAGAUUUCGAGGCUAAAGUUCAGAGAGCGGUCCGAAGAAAGAAGUGGUUGAAAGCCAACGAAACUCUUCUCCGCACAUUGCUGUCGUACUGCUCGCUGCACGGCGCGGGCGGCGGCGGCCUGGCGUCCGUGCGGAUGGAGCUCGUCCUGCUGCUGCAGGAACUGGGGCAGGACAAGCAGCACCAACAGUUGCUGUCCCCGCUGCCUUUCCCUACCACGUUGCCUUUACUCGCCGCGGCUGUGGCCACUAAUAAUACUGUAGUGGCUGAUCCUGUUAGACAUUUGCAGGCGGUAGCCCACGAUAUGCUUGGAACGAUUGGCGAACUGGGUGUACCCGGUGGUUCGGCGACGCGGAUAUUGCAUACUCUAAGAGAACUGGCAGUAGCGCUGUCAGCUUGUAUUUAUCAGAGUUUGUGUGACUCUGACACAUUCAGUUUGAAGCAUGCGGCUCACCAUGACUGUAUGAUUGCUGAAACUCCUGGUACAAACAAUUUAUUAAUAAGGCCUAGAAGAUAUUCUAAUGAGGAGUUGACCGUCACCACCUUACCGAAUAAAUGGCCAGGAGUGUCAGCCCUCCGAGCACUAGCACUCCGUGCCGCGGAAGAGGAGGACGCGCCGCGCCUGCCGGUGCUGCUGGUGGAGGCGUUCUGCGCCGUGUACCUGGCGCUGCUGGGCUGGGCGCUGGCGGCGCGCGACGCGCACCUGCUGUACCGCCUCGCCGCGCACGCCGCCGACGCCAGGGCCCACGCCAAGCUGUUCGGCGGCGGCGUGCGGCGCCUGCUCACCACGGCGCCUGCGCCGCCACAGCCUAAACUAGUGGAGCGUAGUGAAGGCACGUCGGUGUGGUCGUCGCUGCGCGAGAAGCGGGCGCUGCUGCACAUGCGCCUGCUGGGGCUCGGGCCCGCCGCGCCGCACAAGAACAUACAAGAGGGAAGACCUACGUAUAGAGAACAAUUUGUACCGCCGCUAUGCAGUAUUCUCACAUUCUUACUUACAAAGCCAACUUCUGAACAAGAUCCGGAGAACAAUGACUACGAUUCUGCGGAAUCGGGCGCUGACGACGCUGAAGAAAGUGGAAGUGAACCAGAGGAUGAUGAUAUCUUUGAUACAUCUAUAACAAAAACGGAGAAGCGUCACAAGCAUUCGAACACGGAGCACUGCGAGGCGGACUCGUACUCGUGGUACGUGAUGCGCGUGGCCGUGCUGCGCCUCGCGCAGCACAAGCUGCAGCACUUCCUGCAGCUGUGCGGCAUCGAGAUGUCUGAACUGGCAACAACAAGCCCCACAGUACACGGCGCGUUGCGGCGCGUGGAGCAGUGGCAGCAGCAGCUCACUGAGACAUUGGAGUCCAGGUCUUCCCCACCAGACUACAUCCCCGGCUGUUUCCCCGAUCAACAGACGGCUGGACCGCCUAUUAAUAAAUAUAGAUGUCUCCUGGAAAAGCACAAUACACCGUUUAAUUCAGCGCUAUACAGUGCAGCGCCCGCUCGACGCCUAUGGAAUUUCUUAGUACGACAAGAACAAGUACAGGAAGUGUUCAUCCGAGCAGUGUUCUCCCGGCGCCGCACGCAGUCGGUGUCGGAGCGCGCGGAGCGGGCGGGCGCGCCGCGCGGGCCCGACGACGACCUGCACAGCCCCGUCCGCAUCAUUCACAAGGAGCAGGACUCCAUUGCUGCUUUCUGUCUUAAUAGAGUGGGCGGAGGUCUGCUAGCAGUGGCGACGGCGCGGGAAGUACAAGAGAUGGACGUGUCGCUGCUGCUGAAGGGCGGCGCGUGCUGGGCGGAGGACGAGUGCGAGGUGGACCUGCUGGCGCUGUCCGCCGACCCCGCCGCGCUGCCCGACACCGGCUUCCUGCUCAUACAGCAUCAGGAUAAACAAAACGGAGGUUCGGUCCCCGGGACUGGUAACAGUUCACCUCUUAACCCCAAUGCUCCCGUGGCUCCAGUGGGCAUGGCCAGUCAAACUGGGAGAGGAGCUAGUGUGGUGAAGGGCCUGCAGUUCCCGGGUUGCCACGACGCCAAAUACUGUCGCCUGGUGCUGCAUCGCUCCAAGCUUCUCAUGAGACCGGUACUCAAACAUAAAAUUGAUAAUAUCAAACGAAUGGCAGCACAUCCUUCGCAACCUUUGUAUCUAACGGGAGGUGCCGAUGGUUCAGUCCAACUGUGGGAGUGGGGACACCCCUCCUGCGUGUGGUCGCCUCGCGCGCCCGGUGCCUUCGCCAAAGUGACGCGGGUUCGAUUCUCGGACUACGGCAACAAGUUUGCUGCAUCCGACGCAGAUGGGAACUUAGCUUUAUGGCAGUUACAUCCUUCCUCGUCCGCUCAGAUUUCUUCCGGCUCUGUGAAUCAAACACAUGCAUCACCCAGGCCCUUCUUUACCCAUCAAUGUCACAGUAAAGGGAUCAGCGAUUUUGUAUUCCUUGGUUCCUGCAGUUUGGUUGCAACAGCUGGUCACAGUUCCGAAAGUAAGAAUGUAGCCAUAUGGGAUACGUUGAUGCCCAUCAAGAAAGCUUUAGUGGUUUCGUGGACGUGCCACGAGGGCGGCGCGGCGUGCGUGGCGUGGGCGGGGCAGGCGGGCGCGCUGGUGUCGUGCGGGCGGCGCGGCGACGCGCUGGUGUGGGACCUGCGCGCGCGCGCGCCGCGCCACAAGCUGCACGCGCACCACGCGCCCAUCAAGUGCGUGGCGCUCUCGCCGCGCGAGGACUACUACGCCAUCGGCGCCGCUGAUGGCGACAUCAAGGUGUUCUCGUUGGCUACUCACCAGUUACUGCACACGUUUGCGGGCGAACACGCGAGGAGCUCGUUCUUCAAGCACAUUGGUCAAGGAGUAACACAGAUACACAUAGAUGGCGCAGGCCGACUGUUCUCGUGCGGCGCGGACGGCACCAUGAAGGUGCGCAAGCUGCCCGAGCGCGACGCGCCCGUGCACCACUACUCCGCA